AUGUCAGAUAAGGGUGUAAUAAAUCCAGAUUUUAUAAGGCAAACUGUUCAAGAUGAGCAGUAUUAUUGGAAUAAUAUUGAAGUGAUUUGCCAAAGUGUUUUAGGAGAUAAAAAAAAAGAAACUUAUGCGCCAAUUUUAUAAGUGGUUUAGGAAGUCUUAGUGGAUGACGGUUAAAGUGGAGUUGUUAAACUUUUAACAAUAAGACUCUUAGGUACAUUGGUUUAUCCUUAGUCAGCAUAAUUUGAACAGUAUUAAACUAAUACUAAUUUUGUUUCCAGAUUGCUUAAAUCCAAUGAUAUUUUAAACGUUUUAUAUGAAAUUUGUUUGUAUAAAGCUGAAGUAUAAGAUGAUAAUAGAGGUGAAAGUAUGUUUAAAUCUGAAGGAAAGGAAAUAGGAAAGGAAUUUCUAAAAUAUUGCCUCGAAUUUGUAAGAUUUUUAGCAACUACAUGGGAAAAUUCUAAAACAAAUAGCGGAGAUAUAGUGCAAACACAAUUUAGUAUUAUCUAUUAGAACUUGUAAUAAAGUGGUGUUAAAUUCCCAGAUAAAAAUUCUUAUUUUGGUGAAAUUAAGAAGAAAAAAUCAUCAAAAACCUAAUAAUCUCAAGCUGCAACUUAAUAACCUUCUUCUAAAGUUCAAAAAUAGGCUGCUGGUGAUUCAGCUUCAGAUAAAUUAAUUGCAGAUUGUUUAUCCCAUGUUGAACCUCUUCUCAAUAUGGUUAACUCAAAUGCAAGCAUUAUUCCAGCAAUUUAGGAUAAAAUUGAGAACGAUUAGGUGAUUUAUGUUUCUUAUGUUUAGAAGUUAUAAGAAUCUAUGGAGGAUGCUAAAGAUUUUGAGACUCUCUGGGCUUUCCUUGAAUUUUUUAAUGAAUUAACUCAGGAAAUUGAAAAAAUAAAGCAAAAUAAUUAUUCUAAAAAAGCUUAUAUUUCGUUCAGAAAAAGAGUAUUAGAAGUAGCUUAAUAAAAAUUAGAAAAAUUUUGGUAACCUUCUUCUGCCUAAGCUUAAGCUUAAUCAGUAGCUGAAUCUCAAAAGUAGCCAGAGAAAGUGAAGUAAGUUGAGCAAAGCCAAAAGUAAUAACCUCAAGAAACAAAUACCGGAGGAGGUGGAGGAUUUGAUAAUUGGGGAGGAGAUUUUAACUAAGGAUUUGAUUUUAAUGCAUAAAAUCAAGGAGGAGGAGGAGGCUUUGACUUUAAUGCAUAAAAUUAAGCUGGAGGAUUUGGAUUUGACGGUGGGUUUUAAAAUUUUAAUUUUGAGGAGCAGAAAAAGGCAGAAGAAUUAGAAGAAUAAACACGCUUGCAAAAAAUUUAGCAAGAAUAGUAGUCUCAAGUUUAAAAAUAACAAGAAGAGUCAAAAGAUCAAUAAAAAUAAUCCUAAAAAAAUAACAAUUUCUUUGAUUAAGAGCAACAUGAAUUGGACAAAUAGUUUAAUAAAGGAGGAUUUGAUUAAGGUUUUGGAAAUAACUUUGAUAAUGGUGGAUUUGGUGAUUUUGGCAAUAAUAAUGACUAGGGAUUUGGAGGAAAUUUUGGUUAAAAUAAUUAAGGAUUUGGCAACGAAUUUGAAUAAAAUAACUAAGGGUUUGGUAAUGAAUUUGGAAAGAAUGAUUAAGGAUUUGGCAAUGAGUUUGGAUAGCAUGAUUAAGGAUUUGGUAAUGAAUUUGGUACUUUCCAAGAAAAGCAUUAGAAUAAGGAUGCAAAUAACUUUGAUUAGGGAUUUGGAGGAUUCUGGGAUAACAAUUAGCAAUAAGAACCUAACAGAAAACAAUCUUAAGAUAAAUCUCCUCAAUUUACAAACAAUUAAUUUUUCGAUAACUAAGAUACAAUCAAAGAACGUCCUCCAGCAUAACCAAAUAAUUAAGAUUUCACUGGAUUCGGUGGGUUCGGAGACCCUCAACAAAGCCAAAACUAGCAAGGGUUUUAGAAUUAAAACUAAACAAUGAAAAAGUAAUAAUAAAAUAAUAGAGCCUCUCCUUAAAAUCAGAAUCAGAACACAUUUUAUAAUUUUGAUGGCUCAGGUGAUAAAAGUCAUAGUUAUGCAUACAACAUGCAAUAAAACCAAGAUAAUAGAAGAGGUGAUUUCAGAGAUAGUUUUGUUGAGUUUUCAGAAUUAAGCAAAAGUGACAUUUCAGCUAGAGACUUCCCUUUAAGAAACACCAUAAUUAAUGUAAAAGAAGUUAGGGGCACACUUCAUACUUUCAAUAAAGAGACAUUUUAAGUCUUACAAGAUUAUAAUGUUACUUAGUAAAUAGUUAGAAGAUUUAAAAUAGCUAACUUAAAAGUGAAGAGUCCACUUAUUGAAUCUCAAGAUUUUUAAGUAGGUGUAAUUUCAGAAAGGAUUUUUGAUUAAAACUCUUCUCGUUAUUUAAUAAAAUGUGACUUAUUUUUCGGGAAUAAGACAAGCUAUAAUGUGGAGAAUUUCAACAUAGAAUUCGAAGGAGAUUACACUUCUCAUCUCUACAUCAAAAAUGACAAAUUUCCAGAUAUAAUUGAACCUAAGAAGUAAUACAAAUUAAACUCGAUGUUGAGUUACACAAAGACUCCUUAUAGCUUGAUAAACGCAAAUGUUCAAGGAACUAUAAAUGGAAAUGAAUUUUACUUUACCAUAUUUGUACCCAACUUGCUUCCAAGAUAUGUUCAUUUUUAUGAACCCUCGAACAAUAUGCUAUAUUUCAGAUAAAAAUGGAGAUAAAAAAGAGACCAAAUCAUUAAAAGUGACCAAUUUGCUCUCAAUAAGAGAGUAAUCAGAACUCCUAUUUAUUUCAAAAGAUACUUCCCUCAAUUUUCCGAGAAUAUGUCUCUUGAUGAUUUUAUAUAUCAUAAUAAGAGUAAUACAAAUGUGUUAAACUAUAAGCUAAGAGGUACAGUAGAAUUAGACAUACCAAGUAUAGAAUACAUGGUUAAGUUUAUAGUUAGGCCUAAUUUUACUGCCGUUAUUCAAGUUAUUCCUUACAGUGGAUAUUUAAAUACUGCAAAAGCUUUAAUAGAUCAUUUCGUUUUCAUUUUUGGUUAGCAAUGA